CAAGGGUUCUAGUAUAAAGUGUACUUGCACUAGGAAAUGCCAGCCAAAAAUCAAAAUCUUUGUGUAAAAUGAGGUAAAUCCCGGCCGAGAAUAUGCAGGGACAGCACCAUCAAGCAAAUGGGGUGAAGAAGACUGGAGUACGAGUCUACAAGAUUGUAAUCUUGGGGGAUGGUGGAGUAGGAAAGAGUGCACUAACUAUGCAGUUUGUGUGUCAUACAUUUCAAGAUUACCAUGAUCCCACUAUAGAGGAUGCCUAUGAGAAGCAAGCUGUUAUAGAUGGUGAUGUGGCAAAGCUUGACAUUCUGGAUACUGCUGGACAGCCAGAGUUUACUGCUAUGAGAGAACAAUACAUGAGACAAGGAGAGGGCUUCCUUAUAUGUUAUUCAAUCACAGAUAGACGCAGCUUUGAUGUUGCAAUGGAAUAUAAAAAACUAAUCGAUCGUGUAAGAAAAAGAGAUGAUAUUCCUAUUAUAUUAGUUGGCAAUAAAUAUGAUUUGGAGAAACAACGCAAGGUUACUACAGAGGAAGGGAAAUCCCUAGCUAGACAAUUCAGCUGCCCUUUUUUCGAGACCUCCGCAGCCCAUCGCCAUUUCGUAGACGAUUCCUUCCACACUUUGAUUCGUGUUAUACGCCAGAAGGAGAACCUAACCUCAGAUGAAAUGCUUAAAAACAAUACAAAGAAACAAUCGAGUAAAAUUCAUACAUUUAUCAAUAAGGUGUUUAAACCGAGGUCCUGAGAUCAAGAUGAUUUUAGUGGUGAGGUGAAUAUCAAUGUCCUUUAAAAGAAAUAAUUCAUUUCACUAUUUAUUGACCCCUUUAUUUACAAGGCAACCUGAAGUUCCAUUUCAUACCCACAUUUUAUUAAUCUUAUAAACCAAUGAUGUCCCUUAGUGAAUCAUUAUCCUCUUCCCCCAUGAAUUAAUUACAAUGAUGGACAUUGAUAUAACCAUCCGACCAUGUGCAUUAUUGAUAUAUUUAUUUACAGUAUAUUUUUUAUACUGCACUGUUUAUCCAAUUUUGUAUGGUAAAGACCAUUUUUGGUUUGCCAGUCACAGUCCAAUUGCAUUGUUUACUUUUUUUCCAUUUUGCGUUCCUUUAGUUCACAACAUCUCAUUUGACAUUGAGCCAGUAGGAGUAUUGCAUUUUCCUGGGUGAUGUAUAUGAAAUCAUGACCUAUGGCAGAUAGUGACAAAAAUAACAACAUCAUAUUCCUAUUCAUCAUUAUAACCACCUUUCCGGGCCUUUUC